AUCCAGUGAAAUAUACAAUGUCAUGAUUUAAUAAAUUAUCUAUGUUGAAAUUGCGGAUGAGAGAAGCUUCCGAAUUUAACUAAUUAGGAAAACCAUCGGGAUGUAACUUUUAAAAAAAUAACAACUGACUAUAUAUGAUUUUUUUUUUUCAAAAAUAAAUUUCGCAAUUCGUGAUUUACGUGGCUUAUAAAUGGAUAAUCUGUGUUGCAAGUGGAUUCCUGUACUGGAAUAAUUUCCACAUACUCAACUGCAAAAGUAUUUCGCAAUCCCUAAAGCAAUUUCAUAUCUGUGUCAAGAUUAAGCAAAAAAAUUGACGGAAAGUUUACAAGUUGCUAGACCUGAUUCAAAGACUUGGAUUUGUGACAUUUUAUUUGCCGGACAACCAUGACAUUUCGGGCAGUGAUAUUGCAUCUAGUGAUUUUAGGAUUAUGUUUUUUAGCAGACUCGAGGGGCAAAGAAGACCCGUAUAACUAUCACAUAGAAGCUGAACACGAGGCGCUUAUCGGGCACAUCAGUCAUGACGCAGAGAAAGGGUCAAGGGUGAUUGCUGAAGUCGAGGAGGUCAAAGGUCAUGGCCAUGAAGCAGAAAACACCGAAAGUUUAUAUUUAAAAGUGUUGAUACAAUCAGUAAAAACAAUUCAGCCACUUAAGCACACGUCAAGCAAUUUCGACAUCUCGAUGGUGACAAGUCCUGAUAGAAAGAUAACUCACGACAAUACUAACGCAGCCUCUAACACGUUCAAUCACGUGCCGACGCAUACAGCCCGAAUGACAGGAAAUCACGUGCAGUCUAGCCACAUCCCCGGAGUCCAUUCCUUACCGACACAGAAAUUCACGAGCGAAACUAGAGUGGUAACUACCAAUGAAAAACCAACAUCGUCUGCUGGCAGAGGCGUUCCAGUAACGACAAAUACACAAACUAAUGGGCAAACACAAGAUACUAAAUCACACAAUGUCCAUCUUACUACUGUCAAUUCCAACGCGUCACCGAAUGCGAACAGUUUUAGAAAUAUUAUACCGCAUGGACAUAAUAUUCACAUCACACAUCUAGUCCAUGACCCUAUACAUCCUGUAGUUAACAAAAGGAGCGUAGACACACAAGAAAAAGUUCAUACCCCACCCAGGAAGCAGAUGCUACGUCCGCGAAACAAGCGCCAUUUUGCUGUUCCACCGGAACAUUUUCAGCCGCGUGCUGCAAAUAUACGACCCACUACUACAAAACCCCCCACAUUUGUUGUCAAGGAAACAAAUGCCUUUCUUGUUGAUCCUGUAGACUACUAUAUUAGAGUGAACGAUACCGCACAUAUUGGAGAGCAUACUUUAAUACAAUUCUACGUGGUUCUUGAAGACGAUGAUGGUGUUGCAGUAUCGAACCCCUUACCCUUCAUCGUGCAUGUUGACCAGCCAGAAGAGUCUAGCUCCUAUCCAGCAGUGCCCGCCGUGUUUGCCGGUGUACUCGUUCUUUGUGUAAUUUUCCUGGCCGUGCUGAUACCACUAGUUACCCGUGCAAAGAGACGUUACAAACAGGGAAAGCCAAUGUUCAAGCUUGGUUCGCAUCCAUCUCGGGCCGACCUUGAGAAAGCUGAACUUGACAACCAGUCAAACAUGACUAGAAACGCUUCGGAACCAAACUGGUACGGGAAUAAUAUAUAUUAUAACUACGAAGAUGAAGUUGCCAAAGAACGUUCAGAUUUUACGAGAGGACUGCGGCAAUAUUCAACAAAAUCUGAGCCCCCAACUCUUCAGCUACAUAAAAAGAAGAAAGAAGCUUUAACUGAUAGUUCCAGUAGCUCUGGCAUUGAUUCAGCUAGCCAGGGAGCCAACGGGUAUGACGGGGAAGAUUCUUACAGCCAAAGAUUGUGAGGAUAAAAUACAUUUAUAGUUUGUGCAAACAAAUGUGCCAUUACAGUUCGAACAAACGAGCCUGUCAUUAUAUUACAAAUAUUUUUUCUUUGCCUAAAAUAACAUAUAUGACCAUUUUAAGAAAUGGUUAGUUGAUAUCCUUUAUCAAGUUUCAAGAAAUGUUCGUUUGAAAAAACAAAUGUCUGUAGAAUGUAUUCGGCUGGCUGAUAGUAUAUUGACAGCUACUCUUGUGUAGUGCAUAAAUUGUGUUUUUACAAAAAAAGCUGUGUAAAAACAACUGUGUAAAAAGUACUGAAAAAUGUACCUUCUUGUAUUUGACUUAGUACAUAAGUUGUCAAUAGUUGAUUUUAUGUACAUCUGCGUGUGACUGUUAGACAGUCAUAAGAAUUUCGUUCCGCCCAUUAUUAACAUCUUGUUAUACUAACUGUACAUGAGUGCUUUUGAAGCUUAUGGUCAGAAGUCUCCUUCGAUUCAUAUUCAGUUCGUUGUUUCCCGAUAUAUAUUCACUACUGUUUGUUGUGUCAUAGUUUACAUUUUAUAACAAAGCUCGAUAUCCUAUCACUUUUUCUUCUGUUUUAACGAUAGGAUUAAUUGCUCAUAUAUUUGAAAGUCUGUUUAUGAGCUAGGCAUGUCAUCAUAUUGGCAAUAUUGUUUUCUUGAUAAAUAUGUACGUAGCAGUAUUGGUAUAAACAUAAAGAGAAGGGCUGUAAUAUUCUCGUAAAUUAUGACCGAGUCUUCAAUGCCUUUAAGAUUGUUUUAUGAAAUACGUAAAAGCAAAUCAGGCCAUAAAUACAUGAAAGAUCCGAUGCUUAAAGAGUGAUUUCAGAUUGUUUCCAUGAUAGCAUCUUUUGUCAUAGUUGUUCAGUAUCAAGUUGCAUGAAAGAAACAGACAAUGGCUAUCAUAAUAACAACUUCUUUGAAAUUAACGUGAGUUCGAAAAUAAAAAUUACAAAAUUUAAUGUUUAAAUGAAUAAAAAUGAUCGUAACAAUGAUAUGACUUCUAAAGAGAAGCUGUUUCAACCUUAACAAAUUGGAACAGAGUACUGCGGUGUUGGGUAUAUGGUGCAAACGGCGUUCCAUACUUGGAAUUUGUUGCCUAUGAUAUUGUCAUAUAUAGGAGUGAUAUUAUCAUAGCUUAUUAAGUUUUGUUAUGUGAUAGAAACAUUAUGUUCCGCUUAACACUUUUUAGUUUGUAUACGGAAAUCACAUUCGUCAGUUAUUGACUUGACUCGAGUUAUUUAAUGUCUCCUUUUUGUCUCUACAUAUAAAUAAACAGAAUGUUUUGUAACUUACAUCAUAUGAAUGAUGAUGACAAACAUGUGUUAUUUUAAUGGUUCUCAUAAAAAUGAAAUACUUGUGAUUUGAAUGUUAAUUGUUAUGUAAAUAUCCAUAAAUUAUUUAUAAUUAUUUAUCCACUUGAUCAAGAAAUCCUGUGAUUAAAGAAUGACUAUAAU